AUGGCCGAUCCGCUGUACGAGCUGCUGGUCCCAUACUUCGACGCGCAGGACGCCCACGCGCGACCCCCGCCAAACGAUGCCACGACGAACGCCUACCUGACCCGCUUAACCACGCUCCCGCUUGCAGCACUCACCUCGUCCGAGCCGCAAUCGCUCUCGCAGAGCACCCAAUCCGUCCUUCGCUCUCUACAAGCUCUCUCCAAACGCUCGCACAAGCCGAUCAUAUCCUCCACCGACCACCUCGCCCACCUGCGCCAUGUCCUUCCCACAAUCGGGCACGAUGCAGGUACGUUGCAGCAAGAGCUUCCGAAACUGGAAAGCGCAGCCCAGAGCUUCUCGCAGAAGUAUAGCAAGAGCGCGGAGAACGCCAUUCUAAACCGGCGGAGAAAGGCUAUGUUGCUAGCCAGGAAUGUCGACAGGGUGUCUGAUGUGCUGGAUCUGCCGACGCUGUUGUCCUCAGCGAUAACAUCGUCAACUGCUCCAACACAUGCUGCCACGGCGACGGCUGCUACCAAUGCUAACUAUGCCUCUGCUCUGGACCUACAUGCUCAUAUCAAGCGCUUGUCGACGCUGUAUCCGAACUCGUCUUUGGUAUCAUCCUUGUCGUCUCAAGCCGAGCAGGAGAUGAAGACUAUGACAACGAACCUCAUUGUGUCACUGCAAUCGCAAGGCAUCAAGCUCGCAGGCGCCAUGCGCACCAUUGGUUGGCUCCGACGAGUGGCCCCUGAGCUCGACGAGUCCUGGUCCGCACGGCAGACCCGCAUCGGCAGCGGCGAGGGCAGUCUUGGUGCUUUGUUCCUCGUCUGCCGUCUUGCCUGCCUGGAGUCCAUGCUCUCAGCGCUCGAUCCUCUCCGAGACCUCGCUGACCAAGAGACCGAGAAGCGAGUCAGUGGAAAAGGGAAAUCAGACAUGGUGUGGGCAGUUGGUCAACAAACCGAAAAAUAUUUGAAGAAAUACCUGGAAGUCUUCCGUGAGCAAAGUUUCGCUAUCAUCUCCAUGUAUAGAUCUAUCUUUCCGUCAGCACUGCCAACGCCAGGGCCCGACGAACAUCCAGCACCUGCCGUCCAGCAAGCGUCAGCAUCUGCAAAUCCACUGCAGCCUAUCCCCUCCGCGCUUGCGACAUUUCCCCGCCACCUUGUCGAGAUGCUAUUUGAAACGCUACGCACAUACCUACCAAACGUGCAAGACCGAUCAUCUCGAGACUCCUUGCUCACACAGGUCUUGUACUGUGCGGGAUCGUUGGGUAGAUUAGGAGGCGACUUCAGCAUUAUGAUAGCGUUGCUGGAAGAAGAUCUAAGAGCAGCUGCGGCAUCAGAACACGAGGCCACCGAAGAAGAGCUGGAAGAGGAAUGGGUCGAGGUCAUGAAGAAGCAUCGUGUGCAGGCCAGCAGACUAGAGUUGUUGGCUUCUGGUGUGGGUGCUGGGCGGACGACGAGCCCAGUCGAACGCGUCAUCAGUCCGAGUCACUGA